CAUCGUCUGUAAACGUUUAUGCUACUGUUGUCGUUGCCUCGAGGGAAAACUAUCAACGGUAACGUUCAUAUAGACCGAAAAUCGCUGAUGCGUAAGCAUCUUCUUAUAUCUUAGAUUAGAGAAAGGAUUAAUGCGGAAGAUGAAGGGAUUUGUGUCCGCUGUCAGUCGGCCUGGGACGAUGAAAACUCUUGCUGUUGGAAAUUUCCUAUUGUUUCUACUUCACUGGAUCAUCAAAUUUGAACAAGUACGUCUUCACGGAAAUUUCCAGGAUCUAGACAUCCCUGUUGAAAAAGGAUUUGUUCCAUUGGGUCUACAGAAAUAUGAAUCAUUUUCGGACUCUGGACCCUAUAGGAUCCCAAAGAUUAUACAUCAGACAUGGAAAAACACAGAAAUCCCAAGUAAAUUUAUAAACUGGAUAAAAACUUGGAAAGCCAAUCAUCCUGAUUGGGAGUACUUUCUGUGGACUGAUGAAAGUGCUCAUGCACUUAUCAAAGAUAAAUAUCCGUUUCUGUUGUCAACUUUUGAUAAUUAUUCUGAAGGUAUUCGUAAAGCGGACGCCCUCCGCUACGUCAUUCUGUAUGAAUUCGGAGGUGUUUAUGCAGACAUGGACCUUGAAAGUCUGAAACCUAUUGAUCCGAUGGCCAGAAAAUACUCCUGUUUCAUAAGUCAGGAACCAUAUGAACAUCCUAUUCUUGAUGCAAAUUUUGAACACUUGGUUAUCAAUGCUUUAAUAGGUUGUCAAGCUAGACAUCCAUUCAUGAAGAAAUUGAUGGACAAUUUACCUGCCUUCCGUCACAUGUGGAAUGUGCUCGACAGCACUGGGCCCCACUUUGUGACGCUUAUUUAUAAUGAGUAUCAGAAAAAGGACAUUCCAACAACUCGGGAUGAAGGUGUAUACUUGUCUCCCCCAGAAUACUUUUUUCCAACCAUAGACCCGGCAAAACAUUUUUGGUUCCGGAUUCAGUGUGGGAAGUUCCACAAAUUAAGUGAUCUGCAGAAAAGUGCGUGUAAGACUCUCAAAGUGAAAGGGGUGAAUCGUAAACCAACAUCUGUUGCUUUCACUGAUCAUCACUGGAUACAUACAUAUAUAGACUUCAGGGUUUCUCUCAAAGGACCUGUAAAUAUCUUCCAAAUUGUAUCCGAUGCAAAGAUAUAUGGCAAUGCAACAUAAUUCUUUAUAGUUUUUCAUAGCUUUUUGGUCUUUUAUGUUUCAUAAUUUUGACAUUUUUAUAAAGUGAUAUUUGCAUUGAAUUGAUAAACACCUAGUUUAUUGUCAUUUCUUUGAAAUUGACCAUACAGAAAUCCACGUAGUAAAUAUAUCAAUGAAAUUGUAUUAGCUCAUAUGAUUACAAUGGUUGUUACUGUGUGGAGCACCAUCAAUAACAUUGAAUAGAGAUUGGAAUUCAGUUGGUUUCCUUUGUAAAUGUUGAGCUGCUUUAACUUAUUAUAAAGUGAAAAUAAAACACAAGUCACUUUAA